UGCUUCUAUCCGUAACUUGCUCAACAUUAAACCUUCAAAUUCACCAUCAGUCGUUCACCCUCGUUUGCAUAUGUACUUGCGCAAGUCGCAUCUGAAUUAUUUAGUAUUCAGUAUUCCUGUUACCGAAUAGCUGAGAAUGGUCACGACCUCCCUUAAGACUAAUGUCUUCCCGUACAACCUCCUUCUCCGUCACCCACCCACAGCUAUCCCGCCGACCCUCUGUUAGUUCUAGAUUGUCGAUCGCUGUAUCAACUGCUGAGCGUGGGGAGGUGACUGGGAACAAUGCGCCGAGAGAACAACAAAUAGAAGAAGAAAUAGCUGAAAUCAAAAGAUAUGAGGACUUCACCACUAUAGACUGGGUACAGGAUGCGGCACAAGAAAGAUUACGCAGGAGGACAAGGCGAAAAAGACAUGCGCGCUUCGACAAUGGAAAGGUGUCAUGGAGAUAUAAGCUCCGGGAGUCCUACGAUGCUGCGCAAGGGUGGAUUGUGGUAACCCUCAUAGGGGCCGCCAUCGGCUUAAAUGCCGCUUUUCUCAAUAUCGUUACUGAAUGGUUAUCCGACAUAAAGAUGGGUUAUUGCACGACUGCUUUCUACCUGAACGAAAACUUCUGUUGUUGGGGUGAGGACAAUGGAUGCGACCACUGGCAUCGUUGGACAUCAUUCGAACCCGCCAACUAUGCGCUGUACAUCAUGUUUGCGACCAUAUUUGCCUUUACCUCGGCCGUCCUUGUCAAAUCAUUCGCACCGUAUGCUGCUGGCUCAGGCAUUUCGGAGAUCAAGUGUAUUAUCGCUGGCUUUGUCAUGAAGGGAUUUCUAGGAUUCUGGACUUUGCUCAUCAAAUCCAUUGCGCUACCACUAGCUAUCGCUUCGGGUCUCUCAGUCGGCAAGGAGGGUCCCAGCGUGCAUUAUGCAGUAUGUACAGGCAAUGUCAUCUCGAGGAUGUUUGACAAGUAUAAGCGAAAUGCAUCCAAGACGCGAGAGAUUCUUAGCGCCUGCGCCGCGGCCGGUGUAGGAGUCGCUUUUGGCAGUCCUAUUGGAGGUGUGCUAUUCUCUUUAGAAGAGAUGUCUAACUAUUUCCCAUUGAAAACUAUGUGGAGGAGUUACUUCUGCGCCCUCGUCGCCACAGCGGUCCUCGCGGCGAUGAACCCCUUCAGGACUGGCCAGCUAGUCAUGUUCCAAGUUAAGUAUGACCGAUCGUGGCAUUUCUUCGAAACCGUUCCAUAUAUCUUCAUCGGCAUCUUCGGCGGUCUAUACGGCGCAUUCGUGAUCAAGUGGAACUUACGGGCUCAGGCAUUCCGAAAGAAGUACCUAACAAAAUGGGCGGUCCUAGAAGCUACGUUGCUGGCCAUGGGGACGGCCAUUAUUUGCUACCCCAAUGUGUUUCUCCGGAUCGACAUGUCGGAGAGCAUGGAAAUCCUGUUCUUGGAAUGCGAAGGGACUGAAGAUUACCAAGGGCUCUGCGAUAAUGACAGGCGGUGGUCAAACAUUAUGUCACUAACCCUUGCGACCAUAAUUCGCAUAUUCCUAGUGAUUAUCUCGUACGGAUGCAAAGUACCAGCUGGUAUCUUCGUGCCAUCUAUGGCUGUUGGGGCAUCCUUCGGCCGAACUGUUGGCAUCAUAAUGCAAGCCAUCUACCACGCCCAUCCGGAUAGUGCCUUUUUCGCCGCUUGUCAACCGGAUGUGCCCUGUAUCACACCCGGGACGUAUGCUUUCCUGGGAGCCGCUGCUGCGCUCAGUGGUAUCAUGCAUAUCACGGUGUCAGUUGUCGUUAUCAUGUUCGAGCUCACGGGAGCUCUGACUUAUAUCUUACCUACCAUGAUUGUGGUUGGUGUCACGAAGGCGGUGUCUGACCUAUUUGGCAAAGGGGGUAUUGCUGACCGGAUGAUUUGGUUUAGCGGGUUUCCAUUCCUCGACAAUAAAGAGGAACACAAUUUUGGUGUUCCGGUGUCAACGGCUAUGACUAACGAUGUAGUCGCCAUUCCUAUUCAUGGAAUGACGUUACAAUCUAUCGAAGACCUGCUGAAGCAGCCCAAAUAUCAGGGUUUCCCUAUAGUCGAGGACCUGACGACAAGGAUUCUUGUCGGCUACAUCGGACGCACCGAAUUGCGUUACGCAAUUGAUCGUCUACGCCGCGAGCGCUCGAUCACAAUCAGUCCAGAAGCUAAAUGCAAUUUCUCGCCAGCGCCAGCUUUGAACUCAGUCACGCCUAUCACGCCUACCGUCACUAUUAGCAACGCAGAUUACAGCCUUUCAUCGACCUCUAUCGAUUUCAGCCGAUAUGUAGACGCGACGCCGGUAACAGUCCACCCACGGCUGCCACUCGAGACGGUGAUGGAGCUCUUUCGCAAGAUCGGGCCACGCGUGAUCUUGAUCGAGCAUCACGGCCGACUCUGUGGCUUAGUUACGGCCAAGGACUGUCUUAGAUAUCAGUUCAAGGCGGAAGCGGCUGAGAACCCGCGCGAUGAUCACGAGAUCGCCGAGGGAUAUGAAAAGCUCUGGGGAGUAAUGAACAGAGUUGCCGGAUGGUUUUCCGGAAAGGUGUCGAGCGUCAGUGGUGGACGUAUAAGGCUAGGGGGUGAAGCAGAAGAUAGGCGGCCGUUAGGGCGAGGGAAUGGCAAUGGCCAGAUUAUGGAUGGUGAUGAGGAUGUAGCUGACAUUGACGGUGUCGAGUUGGAGAACAGGUAGUGGUAAAUACGGUGUCAUAUUUGGCAUUUAAUCGUAGUACCUGUUCAAUUUAUGGUUCCAAGCAUUUCUUGCAGCGUUAUUUGAUUUGUUUCAGAAUUAAUCGCAUUCGUCCAUGUAACGAAGCCAACGCACGAGGCAUC